AUGCAAAUGCUUAGAAAAAGUUUAUAUGAUGAUGCAUAUACCAAGAUCAAACAUUAUGGAUAUAGAGAGCAAGUAGAGCAAAACCUAUUGGAAGACGACAAUCUUGAUAAAAAUAUUCAAGAAGGAAUUGAAAGUAAUCAAGGAAUCUCAACAUCUCUUUUUGAGGAUGAUGACAUUCAACUUGAGGUAACAAAUACCAAACUUGAUUAUGUUCCUUCACAUGAUAAUUUGCAAUGUGCGUAUGAUGAUUUGAAUGAUAGCUUGUUGAACUUGAAAAAUAGAAAUUUGGUUUCUAUACAAAGUAUUUGCUUCAUUGAAAAUCAAAUUGAAUCUUUGAAAAAUAUAUAUGAUUUUCAAGAAGAGGACAUACCCUUGAAUUGUGAAUCCUCAACCAUUCUUAAAAAUUGCAUUGAUGUUGAUAAUCAAGUUGAGGAAUUAUCAUCCAAACUUUCCAUAAUUGAUAAUCUUACAUGCUCAUAUUCCAUGUUUGAAAAUGAAAAUAAUAAUGAUAUUUUUGUACAUGAAAAACCUAGAAAUGAUUGUGGAAAUAAUAGCUUGGAUAAUGAUAAUAGCAAGAAAACCAAAAAUUUAAAAGUUGAGCUUGAAAAGAACAAGUUAUCUUGCAAAUAUAUUAAAAUCAUAAUGCCUAGCCUAAGCUUGUCAGGUGAAGGAUGGAGUAUCAAUGUUUACUCUUACGAUGAUCGCAUGAAAUUCUAUAUUGUAGUAGAAAAUCAAGGAGCUGCUGCAAUAUUCUAUGCUGAAAGUGUUGAGACCUACACCUAUAGACUAGAUUAG